CCCCCCUUCUGCAUUCGGACACCCAUGGCGCCACGGAUGCUGCUGGGUCUGCUUCUGAGCGCGGUAGUAGUAGCCUCGAAGAGGCCCGCAACGACAUUUAGCUCAAACUCUACAUCUCGCCCCGUGACGCUCUCCACUUAUCAGCUUACGGGUCCUUCGUCCAACGCCCCUCCAGAGAAAUGCCCACCGUGCUUCAAUUGCCAGCUGCCCGCAUUCGCUUGCGGUCAGUACGGAGAAUGUAACGAGUACGAUGGGCAGUGUAAAUGCCCUGCGGGAUGGGGAGGCAUCGACUGUCUGAUUCCGCAAUGCGAUUCGUUGGCAGACGGGGACCAUCGGAGACUAAGGGAAGGGGGAGCGUGUGAAUGCAAGGAAGGGUGGGGUGGGAUCAAUUGCAACGUGUGUAAAACGAAUCAGGCCUGUGGGAGCUUCCCUGUAUUGGGCGGCAUACCCACCAACGAUGAGGACGAGGUGGACCCGGAAGACAUGCGGUGCUACACGGGUGGCGAAACAGUCUUCAAUAACCACCAGAUGUGCAACGUCACCAACCGCAAGAUCAUUGACCAAGUGGGCGCCGAUCGGCCGGUGCAAGUCACGUUCAGCUGCGAUACCGGAGACAGCACUUGUGCGUUCCAGUUCUGGGUGGACCAGGUCGAGUCAUUCUACUGCUCUCUGGACACAUGCACGUCCUCGACCACAAUCGAUUACGCACGAAACACGACCACCUAUGCAUGCGAUCACAUUAAGUGCAGCUGUAUCGCCAACCGAUUCAUUUGCGGAGAAGACGGCAGCGUUAACAUCGACGACUUUCUCAAGGAAGAGAUCCGCGGCCCUGCUACGUUCAGCUGCAGGACCGGUGAUGGAUGUAGAUUCGAGGAGCCGGCCAUGAACGAGCUGAUUAGUGACAUCUUUGGUGAUCCCUACAUCACCCUCGAUUGCGAGGGAGGCGAAUGCUUGCACUUUUCGCAAGUGCCGGGUUAUGUGCGUCCUCCGAAGCCAGAUAGCACCAAGUGGGUUGCACUCAGCGCCGCCGGUGCCUGUCUCGUCGUGAUACUCGUCUCGGCCAUACUCUGGUACGCAGGCCGGGCCAGCGGCGGCGAGUUUGGCCACAUCCGUCUUGCCGAUGACGAACAGUCUCGGUUGAUGAACGACCAUGUACCUGCGACUCUUCACUUCGAGAACCUGUCCUACACGUUGGGAUCUCGAAUCCUGCUCGACAACAUAUCUGGCACUUUCAAGCCUGGGCAGGUCUGUGCGAUCAUGGGCGCUUCUGGUGCCGGGAAAUCGACAUUCCUGGACAUACUCGCACGUAAAGCGAAGCGCGGUCAAGUUGGUGGGACUACCUAUGUCAAUGGACGAGAAGUGGCGAACGAUAAAUUCAAGGCUGUCACCGGUUUCGUUGACCAAGAAGAUACGCUGAUGAGCACGUUGACGGUUUAUGAAACUGUCCUCUACAGUGCUCUGCUUAGAUUGCCUCGAGAUAUGAGCCUAGAGGCCAAGAAGUUCCGCACGCUAGAGACGCUCAACGAGUUGGGCAUCUUGGGUAUCAAAGAUUCUCGAAUUGGGUCUUCCGACCAGCGUUCGAUCUCUGGGGGCGAGAAGAGACGAGUUUCGAUUGCGUGUGAGCUGGUCACCAGUCCUUCGAUCCUGUUCUUGGACGAACCGACUAGUGGUCUGGAUGCAUACAACGCUUACAACGUCGUUGAAUGCCUCGUCACUUUGGCGAAAAACUAUAACCGCACUGUGGUAUUCACGAUCCAUCAGCCGCGGAGCAACAUAGUGGCCUUGUUCGACCAGCUUGUGCUACUCUGCCAAGGCAAACUUGUUUACUCCGGUGACUUCAACAAGUGCCAGUCGUACUUCGCGGAAAUAGGACAGUCCUGUCCCCCGGGCUUCAAUAUCGCCGAUUUCUUGAUCGAUAUGACUGUGCAAGCGAGUCUCGAAGGCGACGACAGCCCGACACUGGAUGCUGAGUCUCCCAUUGACGAUGGAGAAAGCAGCUCGCGCGAGUCGACGGAACUGGCGACCCGGUCAGCUUCCGGUAACUUCAUCAAGCGCAAGACUUCGCAGCUGCUCGAGGCGAUGUCGCUGUCCUCCGCGCACAAGAAGCCCCAUCAAGUACUGUCGGCGAAACUGCUGGAACUGGCGGCCGCGUAUGCCUCUAGUUCGGUCGCUCGGGAGAUUCGGAUCGAGUUUGAAGCUCUCCAGCGGGCGACUGAGAGUGGGGCUAGUGCUGGCUUGUCGGGUGAGCUACCUGAUGUGGCCGUUGAGACGACGUUGCUGCGGGGAAGGAAACGAGCUGGGUACGGGACUCAGUUCCGUAUUCUCAGUGGUCGGGCUUUCAAGAACCUGUAUCGAGACCCAGCGUUACUCGCAGCACAUUAUGUGUCUUCCAUCGGUCUCGCAUUGAUCUGCGGCUUGUUCUUCCACAAUGUGACAAACGACAUUUCGGGAUUUCAGAAUCGACUGGGGCUAUUCUUCUUUACGCUUGCGUUGUUUGGAUUCUCGUGUUUGUCAAGUCUGGGUUUGUUUGCGAACGAGCGCAUCUUGUUCAUUCGAGAAAGAGCCAACGGCUACUACUCAACGUUCACGUACUUCUCAUCCAAAGUCUUGUUUGACAUUCUACCGUUGCGGGUGGUCCCUCCACUCGUGUUUGGGGCGAUUGUGUAUCCACUGGUUGGGCUGGUGCCGAGCGUCGUCUCAUUCUGGAAGUUUAUGCUGAUCCUGGUGCUUUUCAAUCUGACGACGGCCAUGGUGGUGCUUUUCUUGUCGAUCGCGAUUGCAAACACGAGCGUCGCGGGGCUGGUGGGGACGCUGGUCAUGUUGUUCAACUUGAUGUUCACCGGCUUGCUCAUCAAUCGGGAAAGUGUUCCCAUAGCCCUCCGGUGGCUUCACACGCUAUCGUUUUUCCAUGCGGCUUUCGAGGCCUUGGCUGUGAACGAGCUGAGGUAUCUGCAUCUCACGGAAACUAAGUACGGGGUCGAGCUGGAUGUUCCAGCUGCGUUGAUCUUGUCGACGUUUGGGUUACACGCUCAGUCGUUCUGGUGGCCCAACACCGCUCUUCUCGGAAUCUUUUUCGGGGUGCUCAUCACCGCGUCGUAUCUCACGCUGCAGUUCUUCGUGAAGGAAAAGCGGUAGUCUCCUGCGAAAAGUGGUACUGGUCGCACAUGUACCCGACCCCUGCUAUAUAUAAGACUUGAUACUACGAUAAAGUCACGGCUUCUGCCGUUGUAUGUAAUUCACUACCAGGACUGAGGCUCGUUGAUGUUAUCUGAGUUCCAGUCCGAAUGCGAAUUCCAGACUUGCCG